AUGCAUCCCAGUUCAACCACUACGACACCUUUUUCAGUGAAGGAUAUUUUGAAGCUGGAGCACCGCCAUGAUUUUGAAAAUGAAUUCUUGAUGACUGAUCAAGUUGUUCCGAUGCAUUAUCAGCACGUGCACGGUGCGUCCCGGAGCGGGGAAUUGUUUGACUGCCAACCUGAGCCGUGCGUCUCUGGGAUGCAGGAGAAGCUCGAUGCCCACAACUCAGCAGCAGAGGAGACAAAUGAGCAGGAGAUGAUAUGCGGUCUUGACAGUUCACCUGAUUGUGACAAAAACUCAAAAAGCAGACCCAGGCUGCGCAGGAAGCCCCGGGUCCUCUUCUCCCAACCCCAAGUGUCGGAGCUGGAGAGGCGCUUCAGACAGCAGCGCUACCUGUCCGCCCCUGAGAGAGAACACCUGGCCCACAUCCUCAAACUCACCUCCACACAGGUCAAAAUCUGGUUUCAGAACAGGAGGUACAAAUGCAAGCGCCAAAGGCAGGAUAAGUCUCUGGAGCUGGUGGGGUAUCCACCUGCGCCGAGGAGGGUGGCGGUGCCGGUGCUGGUGCGGGACGGGAUGCUCUGCAGCGCAGGUUCACAUUCAGCACCAUAUAAUGUGACUCUUGGACAUUAUAAUCCUGUGUUUGCAUACGGAAACAGCAGCAUGUAUGGCUGCAGUUAUCACAGUGUGUCACCUGCACCCGGUGUGACUGCCGCUCAGAUGUCCAAUAACCAGCUGGGUGAUUUUACAGGUAACAGCGAGGGGCCCUUUAACCACGGACACUUCCAGGCUUCAUUACAGGGUGUAGGAAGCUGGUGA